CAAAUCGAAGAAGAAGAAGAAGAAGAAGAAUCUCCGUCUUUCAAGAGCUCAAGACCAAUUCUUUUGUGCAGAAUCAGUUUUAUUUGGUCAAUAAAUUGCCUUUAGAGCAUUUCCCAAGCUGUAGACGAGGAUGGAUCACGUUCUGAACAGGAAACGUUCUCGCGAGGAGGAAGACGUCUCGAUGGACUUUAUGCCCCUCUCGAAGCGGAUAAACAACCUGCAUCUGACUGCAACUUCCCUGCCACAGAUCUACGACAGCAGCAGCUCAAAUUCCGAAGUGAUGAAUCAAAAUUACACCCACCCGCCCAACAAUGGAGUCUUCUGCUCUAGCAAUCCAACGCCCGGGCCCUUCUACAACGUGCCCAAGGGACUGGAGAUGCGACAGGAGAUGCCCGAGUCGGUGCACAUGUCAGAGUACUGCCCAGAGCUCAGCAUUCUGGAGAAUCCCUACUAUUUCCUGAAAAAUAAGCUGCUGUUUGAGCUGCACACGCAGCGACUGAAGCGCUCGCAGUGCUUCGAUUUGUGAUCUGGAAUUUUGCGGAGAGGGAAAUACAUUUGUUUUGCGUGGAA